AUCCACCCAACCCAGAGGGUCUGCCAACCAUUAGUGUGCUGCUUGUUAUCAGUGUGCGGUAGGUCUGCAGGCGGUCCAGAGCGUUAGGGUGCUGCUCAUUAUCAGUGUGCGGUAGGUCUGCAAGGCAGUCCAGAGCCGUUAGGGUACUGCUCGUGCAGAUAUGUUUCGCAUGCUGUGUUCGCUGCUCUUGUACGUGUAUGGGCUGUUUCAGAAUCUGUUUCCCUGUUCUGCUCCUCAACUCCUGUCUGUUCAUCACCUCAAUACCCAACAGUAUCUAGGCACCUGGUAUUUCAUUGCAGCGGCUGGAUCCCGACCGUCCGACCUAGAGCAGUUUACCUCAUCGGACAGUACCGUCUUUGUCCUCCAGGAGGCAACAAAGAACAGCACACAUCUUCUGACUGGGGCCAUUCGCAUCGGAGACAGCUGCCUCUCCAAUGCCUGGACCUAUCACAUCACCCCCGAUAAGGACUACCUGGAUUUGGAAGGUCGCCCAAACAGACGAACUGUUUUGUGGAACGGACUGUGGCUAAACUGUCCCGACUGCAUUCUCCUGGAGGAAACUGACCUGGGCGAGAUCAAGGAUGGCAUUAACCGAGUCAUGCUCUAUGCUCGUAAUGGAUCCCUCAGUACUAGUGUGGUAAAAAACUUCCAGGCUAAAAUGUCCUGCCUGGGAAUGAUUGAAUUUUACUCCCUACCCCAGGAGAGAGAAUACUGCCAGUAUGAUGGAAUGGCAUCAGACUGACAGGUGGGCGGAGAGGAAGCGGGAGGUCCAAUGAAGAACCCUCGAUUGGCAGCCCAGUCCAGAUUAAAAGGGCGUGUCUGAAGACUGAAGACCUUGUCUUAUUGUACGUCGCUUUAGAUAAAAGCGUCUGCCAAAUUAAAUGUAAUGUUAUGAAGACAAACCUCAAAUAAUUAGCCAAUUAAAAGCAGCAGCUGGA